GCCCCAAUCUGCAACUCUGGACUCAGUAGGGCAGGCAGGGAGCCGUGGGCGAAGGCUGGCCCGCGCCGCCUCUUCCCAACUCGUGCAGCCCGGAGCGACCCGCCGCGGAUCCGCAGCUCAGUUGGGUAGCACAGCUUGUCCUGGACCCUGGACCCACCGCCAAGAUGGAUUCACGGGUGGUGCUGCUGGGCCUCCAAAUCAUGUGGCUCCCACUCCUGACCCACUGUACAGCCCCCACUUCCACCCUGAGGUUUGUGGCUGUGGGCGACUGGGGAGGGGUCCCCAAUGCCCCGUUCCACACAGCCCGGGAAAUGGCCAAUGCCAAAGAGAUUGCCAGAACCGUGCAGACGAUGGGCGCUGACUUCAUCAUGUCUCUGGGGGACAAUUUCUACUUCACUGGAGUGCACGAUGCCAGCGACAAGAGGUUCCAGGAGACCUUUGAGGACGUGUUCUCUGACCGUGCCCUUCGCAACAUCCCCUGGUAUGUACUGGCUGGAAACCAUGAUCACCUUGGCAACGUCUCGGCACAGAUUGCGUACUCCAAGAUCUCCAAGCGCUGGAACUUCCCCAGCCCUUACUACCGUUUGCGCUUCAAAAUUCCACGUACAAACGUAACUGUGGCCAUCUUCAUGCUGGACACAGUGAUGCUGUGUGGCAACUCGGAUGACUUUGCCAGUCAGCAGCCCAAAAUGCCUCGAGACCUGGGAGUGGCCCGCACUCAGCUGUCCUGGCUCAAAAAGCAGUUGGCAGCAGCCAAGGAAGACUACGUUUUGGUGGCCGGCCACUACCCCAUCUGGUCCAUCGCUGAGCACGGGCCUACGCGCUGCCUUGUCAAGAAUUUGCGUCCAUUGUUAGCCACAUACGGGGUCACUGCCUACCUGUGUGGACAUGACCACAACCUGCAGUAUCUUCAGGAUGAGAACGGUGUGGGCUAUGUGCUGAGUGGGGCCGGCAACUUCAUGGAUCCCUCAGUGCGACAUCAACGGAAGGUCCCCAACGGCUACUUGCGCUUUCACUAUGGAUCUGAGGACUCCCUGGGCGGCUUCACACAUGUGGAGAUAAGCCCCAAAGAAAUGAGCAUCAUAUACGUGGAAGCCUCUGGAAAAUCUCUCUUUAAGACCAGCCUCCCAAGGCGACCCAGACCCUGAACACCACGAGGGUCCUGCUUGUCCCCUGAUGGGCGUGAGGGAGGAGGCGUCUGCAGGCGCGGUGGGUGGGCCCUGUGAGGAUCUCACCCACGGCAGCUUCUUCUCGACCCUGGUACUCUGGCAGAGCGGGAAGGGGAACCAAGGGGCUUACUUACAGGAAAGAAGUAUGCUCACACCAAUUGGCCCCACAGCCAGGCUCACCCCUGAGGUCUUUGGUAGAGCUUUCUUGGCAACGGAGCUUUCGUUUAAGUCAAGCAUCUUACUGUCACUGCUAGUCAAUAAAAGAAUGCUUUGUGUCCAGAA